AUGGCAGCGGGCUCGGCCGUCGGGACCCCGCGACCCCCGCGCCCCCCCGGGCUUCUGCUGCUGCUGUGUGCGUGGCUGCUGCCGCUGCUGGGGGGCGCGGGGGCUCGGGGGGAAGCGGAGCCGUCGGCGCUGCCCGAAGACGCCGCGCAGGAGCACGGCUAUUACCUGCAGCAGCUCUUCGGGCUGUACGGAGCCAACGGGACGCUGCCGUCGGCGGGGUUGGCGCGGCUGCUGGGCAGCCUGGGGCUCGGGAGGGUGCAGGUGGUGCGCAUCCAACACGAGGAGAUGGGCCACGGCCACGUCAGCCACCUCGACCUCCUGGAGGUGCAGGAGGAGCGGCACCGGCAUCGCCACCCGGCCUGGGAGCACGGCAGCGGGGAGGCUGCCAGGGACCGCCCCCCCAGGUGCCCCCCCGGGACCCCCCCCCAGGUGCUCCCCCCGUUGGGCUGGGGGCUGCGGAGCCCACAUGGAGCCCCCCCAGCCCUGAGCAUCCCCCCCCCACAGUGCCUCAAUGUGACGCAGCUGCUGCUGAACUUCGGGUUGGACGCAGCCUCACAGCUCACCCCGCAGCAGUUCACGCUGCUCUGCCCCGCGCUGCUCUACCAGAUCGACAGCCGGGUCUGCAUCCACCACCGCGACGAGGUGACGUGGUCCCCAACAGGGGGGGCCCUGUGGCCAGGUAACCCCAACCCAGGCUCUGUCCUGGGCUCCCAGCCCUGCCCCACCCCGCGCUCCUCCAUCCCCGCAUCCCCGCAUCCCUGUAUCCCCACCUCCGCAUUCCCGGUCCCGAGGUCCCCAUCCUCACCCCGUCCCCACGCAGCUCUGGGUUGGGCUCUGCUGGCCGUCACCUUCAUCAGCGUUCCAUCGGCCGCGGCCGUGGCCGUGGUGCCGCUGCUGAGCCUCGGGCAGCUCCACGCUCUGCUGUCCUUCCUGGUGGCACUGGCGGUGGGGACGCUCUGCGGGGACGCCCUGCUGCACCUCUGGCCCCACGCUCAGGGGCAGCACCAGGAGCCGGCGGCGGUGCUGCGGGCGGUGCUGCAGGGCCUGGCGGUGCUGGGGGGUAUCUACGUGCUGCUGCUGCUGGAGCUGCUGCUGGGAAUGCUGCGCCGUCGCCGUGCCACACGGUGGGAACCGCGGGCACCGGGAGGGCACGGGGGCACCGCUGAGUCCCGCUGUGCCCAUCGCCUCUGCUCUCCUCCCAGCCCCGUCCCCACGGAGAGACCCCCGAGGCGGCCGCGGGGGUCCCGGCCACGCUGCGAGGCGGUAAGACCCCCACAGCCCCCCCCCGCACCGCCAGCACCGACACCGUCACGCGCCGUGCGCCCCUCUCCACCCGCAGGCGCUGAGCUGCGCUGUCUGACGGCCCCGGAGGUGGAGGCGGAACCCAAGGGCCCCCCCGGACCCCACCACGGACACUCCCACGGCCCCGCGUUGCCCCCCAGCCCCGCGGCCGCUGAUCUGGCGUGGAUGGUGGUGCUGGGGGACGGCAUCCACAACCUGACCGACGGGCUGGCCAUCGGCGUCGCCUUCUCCCACAGCCUCCCCAGCGGCCUCAGCACCGCGCUGGCAGUGCUGUGCCACGAGCUGCCCCACGAGCUGGGUGACCUCGCGGUGCUGCUGCAGGCAGGCACAGCCCCCCGCACGCUCCUGCUGCUCAACCUGCUCUCGGCGCUGCUCUCCUGCCUGGGGGCGGCCGUGGGGGCGGCCGUGGGGCAGAACGCGGCUCAUCUCACCCCGUGGAUCCUCACCGCCACCGCUGGCACCUUCCUCUACGUGGCUCUGGCUGACAUGCUCCCCGAGGUGCUGCGGGGUCCCGGCGGGGGGACGUGGGGCCACUUCGUGCUGCAGAACGUGGGCUUCCUGCUGGGCAGCGGCAUCAUGCUGGGCAUCGCGUUGGCCGAGGGCCACCUCAGCGCGUGGCUGCAGCCCUGAGGGGGCGGCCCCCAUGCGCCCCCCACCCCGAUGGCUGCAGGGACCCCCAAAACCCACCCCUGGGUUCGGACUUUCUCCCCUCCUCGCGGGACCCGUCUGCCAACCCGGAUGUUUGCCAAGACGAAACGCGUGGAACCAACCCGGGGGGCUCCGUGGGUCGCAGCUGCCAGACCCCAACUCCACGUCCCCAUGGAGGGGAGGGACAGCAGGGACAACAUCGGGCCCCCACCCCUCCUCGGUGGCACUGCAGAGCUCCGGGUCUGGCAGCACCGACACGGAAAGGACACCGACAUUCCCCUCCCCGAGAAAGGACAACAGAAGAGGGAGUAGAAGCAAUAGCAUUUUAAUAAACAUAAUCGAUUCAAAGCCACAAUAUGAAUAACAGGACUUGGUCGCAGCUUACAUUGUAUAAAAUAGAUCAAGUCUGAAUGCGUUUUUCUUUUAUUUUAUUCCUUUUUUUCCCCCCUUUUAGGUUUUUUUUUUUUUCUUUUUUUUUUUUUUUUUUCUGUUGUUGUUCCUUUACUCCCUCCCUCCCCCCAUCCCUCCCCCAAAGGUGAUGCAUCAAUGGGACAUCUGAGACGAAAGGAACUGCUCACAAUGCUCAGCACGGGGAUGGGGCCGUGGGGCGGUGUGGGGCACAGCUCUGUGCUCUUCCUACAGCUGGGGGGGAGGGGGGUUGAAAAUAGAACUGGGUCGGGGCUCUUGGGAUAGGACUACACUUUGGGACACGGCUCACAGCGACGGCCCCGAGGGGUCGGGGGGGUUAUUGGUGGUUUGUUUAGUCUAUUUGUAAAUUGCACAUCAAAACUGCCCCACUGGUGGUGGGACGUGGAGCUGAACGCUCAGCUGGGGGGCAACGGCUGCGUUGUGCUUGGAACCAGCGGUGGGAGGAAGGAGCAGCUGCACCCACAGGACAGUGCCCGCAUGUCUCCCCCCGCCCCACGGCACAGAGGCACCCGCCCACCCACCCCCCAAACAGGAGUACCUGCUGCAGAGAUGGGCGCACACACACCGGGCAGUGGGGGGCCCCUCCAGUGCCAAUGGGGCAGCAGUGGGGCCCGGAGCGGAGCUGCCGCCGUCCGGUUAUCACAAGAGGUAGUGAGAACAGUGCAGAAAGGACACAACUCAGAGCGCUCCGUUUCCAACCACCGUGCUGACCCCCCCAGUGCCACAGAUCGGCACUGGGAUGCAGUCUAAGGGAGGAAGCGGGGGGUGUGGGGAUGCCCCCAUGGGGCUCAUCCCACUCCGGGCAUCAGUAAAGUGCUGUCGGCGCUGGGCUGGGGGAUGCGGGACCCCCCGGGAAUGCCAUGCUGAGCUCUGUGUGCAGCCCCCCCAGGGCUCUAUUGCUUUGGGGAAUGGGGGGCUGCACACCCACUCCCCCCGUUUGGCACCACUACGCCCAGGGCGCACCGCAAGACUCGGAAAUACACCCAGAGCACUCAGCAACGAGAAGGGAAGCAAUGCUUCCUCAGCUCCCCAACACACACGUCGAGGAGGGCGAGGAAAGGGCAGAACCUUCCAGAAAACUCCUAAAGGACUCUGGAAGAGGACUCAGAGCAGCAGAGCUCCCAGGGAUGCGCUGUGCCCAUGGGUGCUCCGGUGCACAGAACCCAAACGCUCUGACCCCGUCCCAAACCUCCCGCGGCGCCGUAGUGCAGAACUCAGGAAUGGAAUGAUGUUAUCAGCAGUGAGACGCCCAGCCCAGCUGCAAUCCUACUGCCUAUGGAUGGCACGACCCCAUACGGUGCUCACACCGACCCUAAGGGCACUGGGACAAAGCUCAAACUGAACCUAAGGACGACAGGACCCCAAACUGUGCUCACACCGACCCUAAGGGCACCAGAACCCCAAACUGUGCUCACACUGACCCUAAGGACAGUGGCACCAUGCUCACACCGACCCUAAGGGCUCUGGGACCCCAAACAGUGCUCACACUGACCCAAAGGACAGGGGAACCCCAAACGGCGCUCACACCAACCCCAUGGACAGUGGGACUCCAAACUGUGCUCACAGAGAUCCUAAGGACAGUGGGACCCCAAAUCAUGCUCAUACCGACCCUAAGGGCACUGGGACCCCAAAAGGCACUCACACCAACCCUAGGACACAGCAGCUCCAGAUGGUGCUCACACUGACUCCAAGAGCACUGGGACCCCAAACUGUGCUCACACUGAGCCUAAGGAGAGCAGGACCCAAACUGCACUCACACUGAGCCUAAGGAUGCCGGGACCCCAGUUGGAGCUCACACCGACUCUAUGAACAGCGGGACCCCAAAAUGUGCUCACACUGACCCUAAGGACAGCGAGACCAUAAACCACGCUCACACCAACCCUAAGGACAGUGGGACUGCGCUCACACCAAUCCUAAGAGCACCGGGGCCCCAAACAGUGCUCACACAGACCCGAAGGACAGCAGGACCCCAAAAACCACGCUCACACAGACCCUAAGGGCAGCAGGACCCCUAAAUGCGCUCGCAUUGACCCGGCCGGAGCCCAACCCACGUCCUGGCUGAGGGACGGACGGACGGACGGCAGCUCACCACCACAGAGCAGCACUGGGAGCAGAGCACAGCAGUUCACCCUCUGGCUGAAUUCCCUGCAGCGCUGGGUGAGGAAAGAAGAGAGGAGAGGAGGGAAGGGCGAAGCCAAACCCCGCAGCCGCCCCGCGCGCGGCUCAGCCAGGCCACAGCUUUCCAUGCGUUCACUUUAUUAUGGUCAAGUUGAACAAGAUCAAUAGGACGGGAUCGAGUAAGGCCAUGUUCCUCUUAUUAUUAUUUUGUUCCUCCUUCUUUGCAUCGGAAUGAGCUCAGACAACGCCCAGACACGCGGAUCCACACGCACACAGGGGACACCGGGACACAGAGGAGGAAGUCGUUGUACCUGACUGCUGAUGAGGUCUGUCCUAUCGUAUUCGAAGAAAUGUUUAUGUGCAUAAUAUACAGAGGUGCAGCAUUUACACACAGGAUAUUGUAAAGACACAGAGCUUGCUACAGAUGCCUUCAAGUCCUCGGAGACGCGUCCCCUUCCCGCUGCCCCGAAAAAGCGCCGCUGGGAGAAGAGGUGCCACCAGCUCCUGGUGUCCUUGGAGAGAAAGGAAGAAAGAAACGAACAGAACAGCAAAACAAAAAAAAAAAAGGAAAAGAAAGAAAGAAAAAAAAAACCAACUGCCCCAAAGCGAACAACGCACGCUGUUCCGGAUGGAGAGGGGUGGGUUUUGUCCUUUGGUUUCUUACUGAAGGCAAAGUGGGACGCGCUCUGCACAGCUCAGACACGAUGCUCACGGUUCUGUGGUCCCUAUGGGGGGAGCAGGGGGGGGACGCAGCCCCCGGCCCCACACACAACACAAAUAAACCAAAAAGGUUGUUUCUGGGGUCUCUGGUUCGUUGUUUUGGCUUUUGCUCCGCGCUGCGCUCAGUGCCGCCGGCUGCGCUGCGGCGCUCGGGCUGCUCACAACCUGAAGUCACCCCUCUUAUCUUUUUUUCCUAUUUUUUGUUUUUUGGAGCUUUUGCUCUGCUAUCAGUGCUACUUUCGGACCUGUCGGACUCAGCCCCGGGUCGGGGGGGGGCUGGGACCUCUGCGGUGCUUUGGGUUGGGGAACCGGACCGGGACUGGGGGGGGCACAGGGACGGGGGUCUCACACCUCCCUAAGGAAACACAAAUCGCCUGCAGCUCGGGAGCAGCAACAAGGAAACGCACCGAGCACCUCCUCACCACCGCUGGGUUCUGUGGGGCUGUGGAAGGGCCGUCAGGAAAAGCCAAUGGAGCUGCCGGGCUGCUCCGGGCGCUGCGUUACAUUCAGUGUUUGUCAGCAGUUUAUAUGGCUCAGCCGGGCUGUGCAGCCCGGGAUUCUAGCAAUGGCAGUGCAAAUACACCUUCUCGACUUGAAAUGUAUUUGUGCUGUUUUUUCUUUUUUUUUUUUCUUUUUUUUUUUUCCUCUUUUUUUUUUUUCCCCCUCUCUCUCAUAACACAUCUUCCCUUUGUUCAUUCAUUCCCUAGAAACAAACUUUUUUUUUUUUUCUUUUUUCAAGUUAAAAAAAA